AUGGAACAAGAAAAAUCGAGUAUUGCGCAGUUAAUAAAUGUAUUAUUAGAUCCAAUACCUCAGUAUGUAACGGGUUGUUUACCCGCUCUCCUAAUUAUAGGAGAAUCACCGAUGAAUAGUUUUACGAAAAAGCUAGCAUGGAUGUUGAUUUGCCUUGGGUGUCCGUUUGUUGGAUUGAUUUUUAACCUCAACAUAGGAAGUGAACCGGAAUCACGCUGUAUAUAUUGGCUUCAAGCCGAUUUUUUUACAGACGUAUCCGGAAACUCAUUAAAUUAUAGACCUUUCGGAGUCCGUUCUCUAACACUGAGCAAAAAUCAGAAACACAAACGCACUCUAAUGACUUAUGUAGACCGUUGUACAGCGAAAGCCUCAGUACUGGAGAGACUUUCUUCAUUGCUACCAGCAUACUACAUAAUAGUCGGUAUAUUGGCAGGAAUAUCUAUGGUGACAGAAUCGGUCGUCUGUGAUGAAUGGCCAUUUAUACCAUUGUUAUUGUCCUGGACAAUCCCAGCAAUAUUAAGGAGAGGAAUUGUAGGGAAUCUGAUAGUUAAAGAUCCUAAUGUGGAGUUCAAGUUGCAAAAGGUAGUAAUGGAUCAGCCAAAUGAUGAUGAUAGAUAUCAUAAACGUUGUACCGUUGCGUUAACUGCCCUUGCAUCAAUAAUUUAUCCUUGGAUAACAGUAGUUCUGGCAUAUUAUUCACCUCCAAUCGGGUUUUUUUGUCGGAGCAAAUUUAUCACAGUGAUAUGUUCUAUAUGGACAUUUAAUAAUUUGUUGGGAUUUUUAUGUCACUGUUAUGAGGGAAAAAACUUAUUCGAUUUGGGUAAAGGGAUGUUACGUGUUCUUUUUUUUAUUUCUGGUUUUAUAGUAGCAAUUCUUUUGUUUGUUCUAAGCUUGCUUGCCAAGAAUAAUGAAUGGUGGGUAGGAUUAUUUGGAGAUUCUUGUGGCGCACCGAUUUCCGAACAGAUCCGAGAUGAUCACCGCUUCGGAUCCAAGGUAAUCACACCUCAGGAUAAACAAACACGCCUAAUCACUGCUCCGGAAGAUAUGACCUACACAUAG